AUGGACCUAAAGGACGGGAAGGCGUCUGGGAGACACAAAAAGCAGUUUCCCGAGAACGCUCGAAAACGGGAACAGCGAAACAAUGCCGCGGAGACGUCUAGCCGAGAACACCCCGUAAGCGAGGAGAACAGGCGUAGAGAAAGUCGCGAUGAAAGACAGAGGGUAAACGCGUUCGAGAAGAAACGGCCUAUUAUCUGUCAUAGAUGCAAAGAAGAAGGCCACAUCGCGGCAGGGUGCAGAAAACCACGGGUUAUUCUAGCUUAUGAGAGCGAGAGCAGUGAAGCAGAAGAGGACGACCUAAUGAAGCCCUAUCUGUAUCAAUUUGAGGUAAACGGUCGCCCCUGUACAGUUUUAAGGGACAGUGGUGCUAGUCUGGAUUUGGUGCAUCCGUCAUUCAUCUUGCCCGAGCACUAUGUAUCGAAGUGUGUCUGGAUCCGUCAGGUCAUAGAGGAGCAGACCGUAUGUCUGCCGGUAGCUCAGGUGUCCAUUAAGGGACCUUUCGGAGAAUUCAAAACAGAGGCGGCAGUUACUGACAAACUGCCUGGGAAGUACUUGUACUUGUUGUCCAACCGCACCGCUCACUUAAUGCGCAAGGCAGGCGUUAAGAUAGAGGAGGAGAAAAUACUCGCUAUAACGAGAGCGAAAGCACGCGAGAUCAGGGCUAAAGAGGAAUCGGAGAAAGAUGUGAAAGUUGCUGAAAUACAACAAGUAAAUCAGACUGGUAGUUCUCUUAGAGAUGACGAGGAAACGAGCGAACCCAGGGACAGCGACCCUGCAGAGUCAGACCAGGUCGGGGAAUAUCUUGCACCGGCGAACGGAGCGCUGAGAAAUCUAGUUCGGGUCAGUAAAGAGCAGCUCAUCAGGCUACAGAGGGAAGACGCGACACUCAGUAAACUCCGGAAUGCACAAGAAGAGGGAAUUUCUAAGAGAAACGUGAGCAUUGUUGUCGAAGAUGGGAUACUGUAUCGACAUUACACAGAUCGAAGGGGUAAAGUAGUUGAUCAGUUGAUGGUACCACAGGGGUUGCGCGGAGACGUUUUAAAAUUAUGUCACAGCAAUUCAUGGGCGGGACACUUGGGUGUGCGUAAGACUAAGCAACGUCUUUUGCAAGAGUGGUUCUGGCCAGGGUGUUUUAAGGAUGUGGAACAGUAUGUGCGAGCUUGUGACACAUGUCAGAAAGUGGGCAAACCAAACGAACGUUGCAAGGCUCCGCUAACACUGGUACCUAUCAUCUCAGAACCAUUCCAGCGGUUAGUAAUUGACGUUGUCGGCCCACUUCCUGUUUCCAAGUCAGGCUACAAGUACAUUUUAACCAUGAUAUGCCCAGCCACAAAGUUCCCUGAGGCAGUGCCCCUAAAAGAACAGUGCUCUUUCGAAAUCGUUGACGGUCUGCUAUCAGUGUUCGCGCGCAUCGGAUUCCCGAAGGAAAUUCAAUGUGAUAAUGGAUCGGUAUUCACGAGCGCACUGACAACCACAUUCUUGGAGAAGUGCGGGAUCAAAGUGAUCCAUAGUUCAUUGUACCACCCACAAAGUAAUAGUGUCGAAAAGUGGCACUCCGUGCUAAAGCGAGUCCUCCGAGCGCUGACCCAUGAGUACAAAACGGAUUGGGAAUCAGGAUUGCCAGGCGCGAUGUUCGCGUUACGUUCCGUGCCACACGAGACAACGGGUUUUAGCCCAGCAGAAUUGGUAUAUGGGCGUGAGAUACGCUCUCCUAUGCGGCUAAUCAGAGAAAAUUGGGAGGGCAAGGAAAGCAACAAUACUGUUGUUGAGUACGUUUUGGAACUGCUGCAAAGACUGCAGGAUACUAGAGAGAUUGCUGAAGCAAACACGCGUGAGUCGCAGGAACGCGCCAAGACGUACUAUGAUCGCAACGCACGACCGAGGCUAUAUAAAGAGGGCGAUAAGGUACUAGUUCUACGACCAACGCGGGCAAAUAAGCUCCAGGUGCACUGGGACGGGCCUUUCACGGUCCUACGGAAACUAUCAGACACGACCUACAUGGUCGAAUUUAGGGGUAGAAAGAAAGAGGUGAGAACGUACCAUACGAACCUCAUGAAGCCGUACGUCGACUCGACUCAUGUCGUAAGCGUGGCCCUAAACGCGCCAGAGGAACAGCCGGCCGAGAUUCUUGAAUGGGGUGAGAUUCGCUCAGUAGCACCCGGAAUAGAUGAAACUUUGAAGUCGGUAGUGAAAGGAGGAAAUCUCUCCGAGCCCCAAUUAAACGACUUGCGGGAGCUUAUAGGCGAAUUCAAGCAGUUGUUCUCCGACAAACCAGGAAAAACAGACAUGAUAUGUCACGACAUAGAGUUGAAUAGCGAAGUCCCCGUAUGCUCCCGACCUUACAGGAUAUCUCCACGUCAGGAGGAAAUCAUGAAGAGAGAAAUUCAGCGCAUGCUAGAUCUAAAAGUAAUCGAACAAGCUGAAAGCGACUACGCGUCACCCAUGAUAAUAGUUGAGGCUCCGGGCAAAGAGCCUAGGCCCUGCAUUGAUUAUAGAAAAUUGAAUUCUGUAACGAAAACGCAGGUGUAUCCCGUCCCAAAUCUAGAGGAACGGGUCGAAAGGGUUAGUAAAGCCAAAUUCAUCUCAACGUUGGAUCUUGUCAGGGGAUAUUGGCAAGUUCCAAUGACAGAAAGAGCAAAACGAUACGUGGCCUUCACGACGCCGAUGGGAACUUUCAGACCUUUAAUGCUAAGUUUCGGCCUGAAAAACGCGCCGUUUUGUUUUUCUCGUUUGAUGGACCAGGUACUACGUGGGGCGGAGAAGUACGCAGUCCCCUAUCUUGAUGACGUAGCCAUAUUCUCCGACUCCUGGUCCCAACACGUGGAACACCUCCGCGACGUCUUCAACAGGUUGAGGCGUGCCGGAUUAACGUUAAAAGCGGCGAAGUGCCAUCUCGGACAAGCGGAAGUCUUGUACUUAGGUCACAGAGUUGGACAAGGUCACCGGAAGCCAGACGAGUUAAAAGUGUCAGCCAUUGCACACUUCCCGAAACCUCAAAACAAGACCGAAAUGCGCGCCUUUUUAGGUCUUACAGGCUAUUAUAGGAGCUACAUUCGGCAAUACUCGGAUAUGGCUAGUCCGCUAACGGACGCACUGAGAAAGUCAGCUCCAACGCAGAUACAUUGGGCCAAAGAAAAUGCAUUUCGUAGCCUAAAGGAGGCGCUAUCCCAACCACCUGUUCUCCGAUCCCCAGACUACACUAAGCCGUUCAUUGUCCAGUGUGACGCGAGUAACAGAGGAAUGGGGGUCGUGCUAUGUCAGGAGGACGAAAACAAAGAAGAGCACCCCAUCCUGUAUGCGAGCAGAAAACUUUCACUUAGAGAAGAAGCAUACAGCGCUUCGGAGAAAGAGUGCGCAUGCUUGGUAUGGGCGGUUCAAAAACUCGAGUGUUAUCUUUACGGUACACAAUUCAUUCUGGUAACCGACCAUUGCCCUCUCACAUGGUUGAACCAAAUGUCGGGCAAAAACGGUCGCCUCCUUAGAUGGAGUCUAGCACUUCAACAACACGACUUCGUUGUGCGGUACAAAAGGGGUAAGAAGCACACCAACGCGGACUGUCUCAGUCGUUGUUAA